UCUCUCUUUCUUCACUUUCUCAAUUUUCCUUCAAAACAAGAGGAAAAAAAAAAGGAAAAAUGGUGAAGUUCUCAAAGGAGCUAGAAGCUCAGCUAAUACCGGAAUGGAAAGAUGCCUUUGUGAACUACUGGCAACUGAAGAAGCAAAUAAAGAAGAUUAAGCUUUCGAGAAUUCCUAAACAACCUCAUCAUAAUCAUGAUAUUCCUCAAGACACCAAUGUUGUCGGAGACUUUGGCCGUUCCAUUUUCGACCCAGUUCGCUUCACCGCGAAGAAACUCUUCUCCGACAAGCUCUUCGAUUCUGAUCAUCACAACAAAGCUGAGCUUAUUCAGGUUAAGCGUAAAAUCAUGGAGAACGGUGAAGAAGAAGAGAUUUAUGAAACUGAGCUAGCUCAGUUAUUCUCUGUAGAAGAUGAGGUCACGAUUUUCUUUGAGAGAUUGGAUGAAGAGCUUAACAAGGUAAACCAAUUUUAUCGUACAAAAGAGGGAGAGUUUCUGGAGAGAGGGGAGAUUUUGAACAAGCAACUUCAGAUCUUGCUUGACCUUAAACAAAUUCUCAAGGACCGAAGAUGGAAGAAUUCUCCAUCAAAGCUCAACUCUUCUGCUAGUGUUCCUUCUUCAUGGGCAUCUUCUCCUCGGAGCUCUGAUUACACCGAGAGCGCAAAUGAUGAUGAGUUGAACAAGGAGACUCCAAUGGAGAGUUCUGAGACAGACGAGGCAAUUGCGGCACUGGAAAGAAAUGGAUUGAAUGUCUUAAACGCAGAAUUGAGAACAAAAAGUAAGAAAGGGAAGCCUAAAAUGGCUAUGAGAAUAGACAUUCCGGCAACAACGCCAACUCGAACAAUCUCAGCGGUCACUUCGGCGCUUUGGGAAGAUUUGGUUAACAAUCCCAGAAAGGAAGGCCAUGGAGAGUACAUUAACAGGAAGAAGAUCCAGUGUGCUGAGAAAAUGAUUAGAGGAGCUUUCGUUGAGCUCUAUAGAGGCCUUGGUUUGCUCAAGAAUUACAGCUCACUGAAUAUGGUCGCUUUUGUAAAGAUUCUUAAGAAAUUUGACAAGGUAUCAAACCAACAGGCUUCAGCAAAUUAUCUCAAAGCGGUCAAGAGAUCAUAUUUCAUUAGUUCCGAUAAGGUUGUUAGACUAAUGGACGAAGUGGAGUCCAUAUUCAUAAAGCACUUUGCCAAUAACGACAGGAAAAAGGCCAUGAAGUUUUUGAGGCCCCAACAGCAAAAAGAUUCUCACAUGGUCACUUUCUUUGUUGGUUUGUUCACGGGUUGUUUUGUGUCAUUGUUUAGUGUAUACGCAAUAUUGGCUCAUCUGUCCGGCAUUUUUUCCCCCACCACAGAAACUGCUUACAUGGAUACCGUCUACCCUGUUUUCAGCGUGUUUGCAUUGCUAAGCUUGCACUUAUUCAUGUAUGGAUGCAACCUUUUCAUGUGGAAGAACACAAGGAUCAACUACAACUUCAUAUUUGAAUUCGCGCCUAGUACCGCGCUUAAGUACCGGGACGCCUUCCUGAUAUGCACAACCUUCAUGACUUUAGUUGUUGGGGCAAUGGUGGUCCACCUGAUCUUGAGGGCCAGUGGCUUUUCCCCAAGCCAAGUUGACACCAUUCCUGGGAUUCUUCUUUUGGUUUUUAUCGCCCUGCUCAUUUGUCCAUUUGACAUCUUCUAUCGCCCAACUCGAUAUUGCUUCAUCCGCAUAAUUCGGAACAUAAUUUUUUCUCCAUUUUACAAGGUUUUGAUGGUGGACUUUUUCAUGGCUGACCAGCUUACUAGUCAGAUUCCUCUGCUAAGACACAUGGAAACAACAGCCUGCUACUUCCUUGCUGGAAGUUUAAAAAAACAUCAAUUUGAAACCUGCAAAUCAGGGAGGUUGUUCAAUGAGCUUGUUUAUGUCAUAUCAUUUUUGCCAUACUAUUGGCGUGCUAUGCAGUGUGCAAGACGAUGGUUUGACGAAUCUGAUCCGAACCAUUUGGCUAAUAUGGGGAAGUAUGUAUCGGCCAUGGUGGCAGCCGGUGCAAGGAUAACAUACUCGAGCCGGGGUCACCAUAACCACUUAUGGUUUUCAAUAGUCUUGGUCACUUCUGUGGUGGCUACAGUCUAUCAGCUGUACUGGGAUUUUGUCAAGGACUGGGGUCUUCUCAAUCCAAAGUCUAAAAACCCCUGGCUUAGAGAUGAUUUAAUUCUCAAGAAUAAUAGCAUCUACUAUAUGUCCAUGGCCUUGAAUGUUGUUCUAAGAGUGGCUUGGGUGGAAACGGUGAUGAACUUCCGUCAUGUUGGCGCCGUUGAAUCGCGGUUGCUAGAUUUUCUCUUAGCUUCGUUGGAGGUCAUCCGCCGCGGCCAUUGGAAUUUUUACCGGAUAGAGAAUGAACAUCUGAACAAUGUGGGCAAGUACAGAGCUGUGAAGACUGUUCCUUUACCAUUCAGAGAGACAGAUUCUGAUGGCUGAGAUUGAUUUCCUGCAUUGUAUGCGUAAAAUAUCCCGAAAAAGCCGGUUUAAGGGCGGACCGAAACCAGAGGGGGAUUCCACAUUUUCUGGUAAUAUUUGAGUGUGAUCCCGCCACUGCUUCAUGUUAUCUCAGAAUAUUUAUGUCUAAGGCGCCAAGUGUUAAUGAUCAAGAAAGUGCCUGCUCAAUAACACCCUCCCUUUUGUACAUCUUGGCAUUCUUAACAAUGG